AUGGACCGCCUCUUCGGAUCCUACCAGUGCCAACUGUGCCUUCGCAAACCCUCUCACGGCUGGGUCUACAUCUGCAGGCAAGACACUCGCCCAAGCCCUCCAGCCGCCUUGCCGUCUGCAGUCGCGCCAACCUCACACGUCUCGUCAGAUCCAUCCAAUCCCAGCCCUUCGGAGCUUAUAUCGUUGGGUUUCAGCAAUUCCGAGAUCAAGGCAGUGGAGAAUGCCGUCUACACGGUCGAACAGCUCGUUAGGAUUGGGAAGCAGAAGCAGCACCUCAAGAGUGUGAUUGAGAGCGAGCUUGGAAAGACUGCAGACAGCCCCACAUCAGCAACGUCUCCUGAAAAUACACCGCCGAGUAUCACGCACUCACCCCAGGACGCGUCAUCCAGCGAUGUCAACCACCGCAAGGACAGCGUACAACAGGAGUCCAUGCCCGGAGCACACAAGAUCCUCGGGAAGUUUAAGCGCAGGUUGCGGCAGGAGUCGAAAACAUGCACAUUCCUGUGCUGUCACUCGUGUCGUCCGUACUAUAGGGACCGCAUCUAUACGUCGGUCAAUUCAGUCUUUGCGGAAGGUGUCGAGCCACUCCAACCGAGUGACACUGCUGAACUUCGAGUGCUCGAUGCAACCGUUCUCCGCAGCAUCGGUAUCCCUACGCCGUAUGAGCUUCGCCCCGUCGAGUCCUCUCUCGAUCUCGCAUCCAUGGCUAGUCAAUCCACGUGGGCGACCCACCAGUCUGACGUUGAGUUCAAAGAACACGCGAGAAAGUCCGCCAGACGAUUCUACUCUCUUCGCACCAGCUCCUCCGCGGAUCCUCCGGACGCCGAACGGCCAACUCCACCAGGCCUUCGGCGCACCGUGAAACAAGCCUUCCAGUCUUUCAACGUUUUCAAAGGCUCGAGGGAGUCGUCGUCCGCGGGCUCCAACCUCACCUUGCCCCCGUCAGAUAGUCAAGACUUCCGCGUGUGCGACAAGGACGCCGAGGAGGUUGACUUGGGGCUUCUACACCGCCAUUCCAGAGGUCCAAGCCGACUAUCCGGCACCUGUCCGGACGUCACGCCAUCCGCGAGGCACAGUCGGCGGGGUAGUGUCGCGAGUGAGUCUUCUGAGGGAUCGGAGGUCGAGGUUGAGGGAGGUGUAGCUCUGACCGAGGAGGCGGUGGAGAUGAAUAUGCCGGACAUCAUGACCCAAGCUUAG